AACCUCAGCCAAGAGUUUCUAAUUAAUUCAGUUUUUAUUUUAAAAAACACUUCAAAAAUCUACAAUGAAUAUUUUGAUACUUUAAAGUCCCUUGUAACAUAUCUGAAGUUUUAGUCAUCUGUCUCAUCUAUCAAUUUUGGUAAAGACCUUUCUAAAGGCAUCAAUGGGGGAAUUAUCCUUGUAUCGUCUUUGCAUAUUGAAAACAGCAUGGCUUUUGAAAAAUAACUACUGGAGUGAAGUAUUUGACGAUGAUGGCUGCAGGAACAAUCCAUUCAAAGCUGUGCCACCGAAUAUUAUCAAUGAUCUCUUGACUUGUAUCUUGCAACUGACAUCAUCGGGUACUUUAAAAGUCACUGACCUCUACUUUUUGCUGACUAGUGGCCGAGUCGAACACUUCAAAUUGGAUGAUAUUCUCUUGACCAGUGAGGAGUUCGUUUCGAUUUUAAUGUCUCUUUCGGUUUCUUGUCAGAAUUUGCGUUUUGUGACCCUGCGAAACGUGUUCUUUUCUGAUCAGUAUUUAAGCCUUCACAAAACCAAAGGAUACAUGAAAAAGGCAGCUUUGGAAUGUGUGCUCAGUAUGUCGCCCCGUUUAGAAUCCGUCGAAUCGUGCAUAGCAUUCGAUUUAAAAGCGAUAAGGAAUUGCGAAAGACUGAAAGUUCUUAAACUUAAUUUCGUCUCCAAGACUCCGUUGUACAGAUUUCUGGAAGAAGAGGAUGGAAAUUUUUGGCCCAAAAAUUCUCUUACGAUUCUUGAACUUUUUGAAGAUGUUCGGAAUCACGUUCCUCCUGAAGAACUUAUGCCUAUCCUGAAGUAUUGUCCAUCAUUAAAAGAAAUCAAUACUGAUGUAUGCCGGUGUUUAGAAUUCCUUCACACGUAUGAGAUGAAUACUGGCACGCUUGAUGUUAAAUAUAGUCUAGAAAAGUGUUUUCUAGGUAAUAUUUUUAUACAGGGUGGAUAUGCUACCAUUACCGGUGUUCAUAUUGCGACUUUAACAUGCCCGAACAUGAAGGACAUCAACGUUCUAGUCAAUGAUAACGAUGUCGUUUAUGCUUUAAGUAACUUUCAGAGCCUUAAAUCGUUAGUGAUUCAAUGGGAAUCUCUGGAUGGUGGGGAUUUCAAAGUCGGAGUUGCAGCAGUAUUAAACAAGAUAGGAACGAAUUUGAAAAUUUUGCAUGUAAAUAAUUUUUACGACGUCAAUUUCGGUCUCAUCGCUUCCAAGUGUCCGCAUUUGGAAGAACUGAAAGUCGAAUUCCUCAGCGAGUAUGGUGAAUGGGAAGAAUCUCGAGAUUCGUUCAAAGAAUUGAAGAAUUUGUAUGUUGAAUUAAUCGAGAGUCAACAGGGCUGCAGUGAGAAUACUUUAUUAUUACUACUUAGCAAUUGUACUGAGCUGACGUCUUUACAGCUAAGAAGUGCUGCGCGACUGACUGACAGUGUGCUGGCGUCCAUAUUACAAAAAAAUUCUUUGUCGAAAGUAAAGGAUGUUAUUAUAAUAGAUUCUCGGCUUUCAGAUAUAGGAGUUCGGAAUUUAAUAAUGCACUUACAUUCUCUAGAAUAUUUUCACUUUAGCUCGUCACAAAUUUUGUUUGAAGAGGCCGCUUUAAUUGUUCAUGAAAUAAAUCCUCUUGUGAUUAUGCGAUCCGAUAUAGAUUAAAUGCAAUUUAAAAUAUUGUUGAGAUUCUUGGAUUGUUUCUAAAUGGUUUUUCAAUUUGCUUUCUUUUUUUCUUGGCUUAGUAGGCUGAGCUUAUGUAUU